AUGGUGAUUUCAGCUACGGGAAUGGCGGCGGGAAUGGCGGCGGGAAUGGCGGCGAGAAUGACGCACGGCCGGAGCAGCCGCAGCGGGAGCACGUGUGCUGGACGUCGUCAGGAGGUGAGGAGGAGUGAUGCUCGCGCCCAUGCUCGCGCCCAUGCUCGCGCCCAUGCCCCUCGCCCAUGCCCCUCGCCCAUGCCCCGCAUCCAUGCCCCUCGCCCAUGCCCGCAAGCAUUCCUGCGCCCGUGCCCGCGCGUAUACUACUCCUCCCCCUCGCCCGCCGGAGUCACCAUUCACGGGCGCGGCUGCAGCACCUGCAUACGCGGGCAGCGCUGCUCGUUUCGCCUGUCCGUGCGCGACCCCGCGUGGUGGGCGGAGGGGGUGCUGCAUGCGGGGAAGCGCGGGUGGUGGAAGCGCGACGUGACUGUUACAAUGCGCGGACCUGCCAUGGGCGCGGGGGACGUGCACUGCCUUGACCCCCCGCGCUGCAGGGAGAUGCGAGUGACGUACCGCCUCUGGGAUGGAGGAGAUUACUUGGCCACUAUGCACAUAGGCUGUGCCAACCUGCACUUCUCACCACUAUACUAUCUGCACCUCAACAAGACAGCUCAACACGACCUCGUCUCCUGGCCUCUCACCGUUCUGCCCCGCACUGCACCCAACUCCACCGCACACGCACAACAACCCCUCCUCCCCCUUCCCAAGCUUGAACAGCCAGCAGCACAGACAAACCCUUCCACAGGCAGCCCGAACCUAUCCCGAGCCGAUCCUGAACCAGACUCCGAGCUUCCCAGAAACCCCUGCAUGGGAGCCUCGGUCCAGGGUCGGUGGAGGAUGAGAAACGGUCUGUACCACUGGGAAACGUUCUUCUGCGCGCACAAGGAGUUGCCUGCUAGCAGCUGGGUUGCUGCUUUGGAGCAGAGGGGCAUUCGGGAGAUUAGCAUUGUGGGAGACUCGCACCAGCGGUAUUUCACAGCGCACUUGUAUUAUCUACUCACGGGACGGGUGGAUAUGAGAGUGAAGAAGUGGCGGGACAAUCUGUUUUAUUUGGCAAAGGAUGGGGAGGGGAGGGAGCUGAAGAUCAACUUUUACUGGAUUGAUGGGAUCUACAGGAAUGGGGAGUUCGGGUGCAUUCAUCGUGGCGCCACAACCAAUCGGACGACUCAGUUCCCCAACAUCUCAUCCACUGCUGACGUCACCCUCUUUGAAGGAGGCUACUGGGGUGCCUCUUUCUGCAAGCAGCCUCUUAAAGCCCUCCGGGUGUACCUGCGGGAGUUUGUGCGCUGGGGCAUUUCCGCUGUUGCGCCCGGAAAAGGCCGGGUGGUUUUCCGCACUAUCCCCUCGUUUGCGGUGAGGAGAGGAAAAGGGAGUGCAGGAGAGGGGGGAAAGGGGGAUAGAGUGGAGGGUGGAGGGGAGGGUGGAGGGGAGGGUGUGGCUUGGCAGAACCUGGACGAGAGCUUGCAACGGUUGCCUGCUAUUCCCGACGACCACCAUUACUCGAACGUGGUGGCAACUGAUGACGGGGAUGUGGUGGUGGGGGAGGUGGGGGAAGCGCAUGUGAGGGCCUUCAUUCACUAUCUUCUCUACAUCCUCCCUCCUCCUGCCAAGUGA